AGUUUGCUGACUUAAAGCGAACAAACAAACAACUAGGCUGUAAAACUAUCACGUUUAUUAAGAGCUGACAUUUCAUAUGCUAAAUCCGACUUUGUCGUAACCUCACAAACCACACACAAGAUGGCUGCCAAGCAACCGCCUUUAGCUAAGUUUUCUCCCUUUGCUCUUACUGGAGCGCACUUCCUUUCGGUAACGUCAUUUUUGAGCGACACAGGGCCUCGUGCUUGCUGCUUGAAGUUUCCGAGAGUUCGGGGCUUGCAGCGCCAUGGCCGAGAGUGAGAAGAGUCCGGCGGAGGCAACCUCUUUAGCUUCGGCGGCGCUUCCUCCUCCGUCCUCUGUGGAGCUGCCGUCCUUCGAGGCUGCGCGAGUAUUGGCGGAGAGCCGCUACUCCUGCUUGGUGAUCACGCAGCACCGGAGGCACAUCGCGCUGCCGCCGCGUUUCCUCCAUCGGAAGCGGACGGGAAUCUGCAUGCAGCUGGACGCUGUACUGCGGCGCUACUCGGAGAGUUUUCAAGGAGUUCCUGUGGCUUAUGAUAACAUUAGAAUAACAAAUGAAUUGGGUGAUAUAAUUGAUGAUCUGGGAGCCGUCCAUCUUGAUAUUGAAGCAGAUUUUAUGGUCUUUACACCUAAACCAGGAAAAAAACUUGUGGGCAUAAUUAAUAAAGUGGCAUCAAGUCACAUGGGCUGUCUAGUACAUGGGUGUUUCAAUGCGUCCAUCCCAAGACCUGAUUGCAUAUCAAUUGAUGAGUGGAAAAACCUUGGCUUCCAAAUAGGUGAUAGGCUGGUUUUUAAAGUGCUGUAUUUCGAUUCAGAUGCUGCUGGAGUGUUCUGCAUCCGAGGAAGAUUGUGCAAAAGCAGCACUGGAACAAAAAUACCAAAUGAAAAAUGUGAGAAUCUCUAUGAUGAGCAGGAUGAUACACAAGAGAUGGAAACUGCCAUACAAACUGCUGAGGUUGUAACUGGAGAGUUGCAGAACAAGGCUGCUGCGGAUGAAAUAGGUGGUACAAACCCUGAGAGUGUUUAUGAACAAGACAGAGCAGACCUGGGAAUGCAUGCUAGUGACUCUAGUGGCUACCAUAGUGAUCGUGGCCAUUCUAAGAAAAAGAAAAGAAAACUUAAUGAUGAAGACAGUGGACUCCCUGUAUUGUCACAGCACAAAGUUAAAAAGAAAAGAAAGGAAUGACCUAAUCCAAAGGAUGUUCAAAAAGUGCCUUGAUUGAAUUCUUCAAUUGGAUAUAUUUGAUAAGUCGGAAAACCUGGAGUGUCAUGAGUUGUAUUGCAAGGGUCCCAUUGUAGAUACUUCACAUAAGCACAUGGAAAUUGUGUAUUAAAAACAUAAUAAUAUGAAACAAAAUAAUUUCAUCCUGUCGUCCUACAGGUGAGGAGCCAAGCCAGCAAACACCUGUUCUUCAAAUAGUUUUAGGAAAUCUGUUCUAAAAAGAAUUCCAUGUCCGCAAAACAAACUUUUUCUCCAGGAGUUGUAUUCCUUAAAAUGUUCAUAUUUUUGAAGAAUAAUUGUGUACCUGUAAUUCUUAUUACCAGGUCAAUAAAGGUAUUGUGAUAAGUACCAGUAAUUAUGACAAAUUAA